GUACUGAUGCUGCUGGCGCUGACGGUAGAGAGAUUCAUCUCAGUAUGCUAUCCGGCAGAAGCUCGUAAUUUGUGCGGGGAAACACGGGCUCACCUCACCGUGUGUGUCAUCCCAGUGACCACGUUCCUUCUCAAUAGCCCUUACCUCUUCCUGGCCCACGUGGUCUCCUGCAGGAGCGACACAGGCGUGCUAGUACACAUGAAAGAAGUCAACAAGUGGCUGGUAGACUCACUCUGGUUCCAAGGAUACAAGUGGGUCCUGGAAGUCUCGUUUAAACUCAUACCAGCUAUCAUUCUCUUCUACCUAAACAUCCGAAUCAUACGGACAUACAAGGCUGUGUGCGAGAAGAGACGCAAGAUGACCAGCAAGGUCAGUGGAGAACAGCGUCGUCAGUUCGCUGAAGAAUCUCGUCUGAUGUUCUUGUUGGGUGGAACUUCGACUUUGUUCUUCGUGUGCAUGACUCCCAUGAUAGUUCUCUCAGUCACUAUCCACCAUGCAUGGCGCAAUUCACUCGCCUUUGAGGUGUUCCGGGCAGUGGCCAACGUCCUGGAAGUGACCAACUUCGCUGUUACCUUCUACAUCUACUGCCUUUUCUCCAAGGACUUCCGGGAGACCUUCCUGCGGACGCUGCGCUCGGCCAAGGAGAACUCCAUGGGUGCGUCCUUCCUGGGGUCUGUGUCCGGUCUGAAGGAGGCCAUUAGACCCCCAUAGGGACGCGCCCGAUCCAGGACCACGCCCACGCCCGUGCCUGUAUGACACGAGGGUCACUGGAAAAGGGCGGCACUCGGUCAGUGUGGGCAGGACUUCGGCUUUCCUGACGGGAGACGACCCACACUCGAUGCGCUGCCGGUGACGCAAACAGUGUCGACGGCCCUCUGAGGGAGGGUAAACGCGGGUCAUUGAUGUUUGACGACAUUAUAUGAGACACAACGUUCAGUUCAGCCGUCUAACGUGGCGGUGAGCGAAACUCUGGUGUAAUAAAGAUGUUUCCCUCCCGAGGUCAUCGCGUGUUGUGUUACGUAAGAGCAACGUUUUGCUUCAACGGAGUGUUGUGCGGUACAUGCUUUUGUGCUGGGGGGAGAGCGUUUAGCUCUUCUGGAAUUUGAUGAAGCUCCAACAGGGAGAAACAUCGUCCCAAAUCAAAGCGUGUUUCGCCUCGUGUAUAUUAUUUGUUUCUUCAACGUGUUAAUUGCCCUUACUCUGUGUCCACUGCUACAAGAUGGUACAGUAGCAGCCACAAGCCUCGUCCAGGGAGACUUACUGCCCAGUCAACUCCAGGAAAAUAGCUGGGAAUCUAUCCAUCAACUACAACCUUGAGAGGUUGUCUUGUCAAGGAAAAAACAGUGUGAGAUCAGGUACUGCAUGGCUCCUGUGGUCCACAGUAUAAGGCCACUGCAUGACUCCUGUGGUCCACAGUAUAAGGCCACUGCAUGACUCCUGUGGUCCACAGUAUAAGGCCACUGUAUGACUUCUGUGGUCCACAGUAUAAGGCCACUGCAUGACUCCUGUGGUCCACAGUAUAAGGCCACUGUAUGACUCCUGUGGUCCACAGUAUAAGGCCACUGCAUGACUCCUGUGGUCCACAGUUUGAGGCCACUACAUGACUCCUGACCUCCUCAAAACCGUCGAGAAACAAUACAGAUUGGAAGACUGGAACCGUGCAAGACAGCAGACAAGAGAUUCCGACAGGUACAGCGACUUACAGACAGCACUGACUGUGCUGUAAUUAUACUCGGUUUACGUGCGACCAACAGUAACGACCUGAUUGAUCAGACCCUGAUCCACCACGAGAGCUGGUCUCAGACCGGGCCACGGGAGCGUUGACCCCCGAAACCGUCUCCUGGUAAACUCCAGACACCAUAGAUAGGUACUUCUUCAUGAUCACCUCUGAGUGCUACGACAGCGCCUUCUACAGUGUGUGCCAGUGACUCCUGUGAGGUCCUAGAAUGAUUGAAAUUAGGUUAGAUUAGCUAGGGAACAGAACAAAUGCUUCCUGUCGAGGCUGUAGACAUUUUUAUUCAAAAACUUAAACUUUCAGAACUGUAUAAAUUCCUGAAGAAGCAAUUGACAUAUUUUAUUCCAUUUCCGCAUCGCCUGUCUCUCAAAUUUCGUGCGCCAUGAAGGUUAAAACUAUGUACCCAGACACCGGUGAAAAAUGGCAGCAUCCAGUGUUGUGAUCACACGAGGGUAGGUCAGGCUAGGUAAGGUUCGUCAGGAAACAGGACAAGUGUUUCCUGACGCUGGUCUUAGUCAUAUGAUGACCCGCAGCUGGAGCUUUUGGUCAUCUGACCGAGGCCUUCCACUGGCUUACCCCUCCCCCCCCUUUAAAAAAUUAUGGUUAUAAUUAGCUACCCAGGGAACCCACACACACACACGGGAAAAUACACACAGACGAGGUGUGUUCCUCUCCAAAACACACCCAAAAUACUGCGUUGCGUGUGUCUACACACCCAGAUGGCGUCAGUGUUUGUGUACACGUGCACCAAGCAAGUGUGAGUGUCAUGUGUAAGGUAUAACAGCACCAGCUGUAGUGAUUAUGGUGACUCACUAACCUGGAACAUUUGCGGCUUACUAAAAUGAUGCAGAUAAGCUCAAGGAAGUUUAAUAAAGUAUGGGAAUUGUAACCAAGCUUUAACGACCGUAC